AUGAACGUGCUAGAUUUGGGGACUCCUUCGCCAGGGAAGUUCACAUCCUCACAUCUUUCUCGGAAGAGAGUCCAUAAACCAAAAUCAAAGAGUGAACUCAAGGUCCCUCAACGGGUGAUUGAUCAAGUGGAAGGUAGCAAAGCUGAAAUAGUCGAUGCUAUGAAACUUAUUCUUACAGGGAAACCAUUAUCCCAUAGUUAUGAAUGGUACUACAAAAGCAUAGAGACCUUGUGUCGUUUUAGACCCAUGGAACAAUCGUAUUUGCUGCAAGAAUUGUUCAAGAGAUUGAAACAUCAUUAUUACAAUGAAGUAAAUCCAGGCAUAACUGCGGCUAUGGCCCAAGUAGAAACCCAGGCAAGUCGUGACGACUACAUCAGUGCUUCCACCGAUUACCUACAGAUAUUCUCCAAGUGGCUGGACAUAUUGAAGAAACUUACUAAGAUUUUUUUGUAUCUUGAUAGAAGUUAUCUCAAGCAACAUCCAUCCAAGAAAAUGAUCCAUGAAUUUGGACUCACCAUGUUGGUAGAUGAUUUAUUAAGCGCUAAUAGAGAUGAAGAUUAUGGAAUGGAAGUGGAUGAAGAGGCUGGAGGUGAAAACUCUGAUAAGACGUCUAACUCAAGUUCCGUAUCUUCUUCAAAACUAUCAACACCCGUAGUUUCAUUAUCGCCACCAGCGCUUCAUUCUCACAUGUCAAAUCUUUUCAAGAUUGCGAAUGAGCUACUUCGAACAACUAGAGAAGAGAUGUUUAUUGGAUCAACGUAUACUGCUGCGCAAAAGUUGAUCUCUAACCUAGUUACGCUUAAUUUCAAUAAUCAAAUCAGACUCAAAGAUAUUUGGUUGGAUAAGCUGUUGAUACAUCAUUCCAGAUUAGCGAAAAAUUGUCUAUCAAUACCUCUGGAAUAUUAUGAAUCCUGUGAACGGUAUAUAUCACGCGAAAUAUCAUUCAUGAAAGAAUGUGGGGAAUCACUUCCCAUGAGACAAGAGUUCACCAAUAAGGUGAUAUGGAUAUGGAUCUUUAAGAAUGUGAAUUCUGUUCUUAAAAUGAUUCUUCCAUACAUAAUAGGAUCUAAAGAGUUGACCUCAAUUUAUAGACUUUGUGUUGAUGCCGAGGAAUUGUACAAGAUAUCUGCCUGUCAAACUUUGUAUUACGAAUGGGGGCAGUUUGUUUACAAUGAUGUCGAAUCGAUCUUACUUAAGGAUAAGAACCUGUACAAUAAGUCCAGUGGGAACGUCAAUAUUUCAAUCAUCAGCCAAGUGGUUUGUGAAAUUGGGAAAUACCAAUCGAUAUAUAAAAUGAAUCCUGAAUUGAAUAUUAAGUUUGAAUUCGAACUGAGGAAUGCAAUUUCCCGGGUAUUAAACUCUCCACAACUUAAUGGAUUUAUCAUCAACCAACUUUGCAAGCAUUGUGAUUUAUAUUUCAAAAAGCCAUCCAUUAUUGAAAAUGAAACCAUAUUAACGUCCCUGCCUACAGAGGAUAUCCUUUCUGUAUUUAAAUUGAUUACCAAUAAGAGGGCAUUCCUCUCCAUGUACAAGAGAGACCUUUCUCGUCGUCUUUUGUUUAACAAAUCCCAAUUCCUUGAACGUGAGACCGAGUUAGUGGAACUGAUGUGUGCUAUAGUUGGGGAUGAUGACGAAGGUCUUACAGCAAUGCUCAAUGAUAUUAAUUUGAAGAGUGAUACUACAUCUACAAGAACCACCCCAGAUGGGAUCGAAUUUACUCCAUUGAUUUUGGGAGCCAAACAUUGGCCAGAAUUCCCUAAAAGCAUGGCAGCAGAACUCAUUUUACCUUCUAUUCUUCAAGAUAAAAUUGAUAUAUUUGCUGACCAAUAUAAAACAGAUCGAAAUAAGAAUCGUAAAUUGGAUUGGAGUUUCUAUGCAUUCCAUCAACUUGUGAUUACGGGUAAUUUCCCACUAGGUGCAAAGGAACUUGUAGUGAAUUUACUUCAAGCCGCGAUUGUUAUGCUAUUUAAUGAAGAGGAUGUGGAUCAAUUGAAUGCAGAGCAAGUGGCCGAGAAAUUGGGCGCUGAUAAGAAGCUUAUUAUGAAUGGAUUGGGAUCAUUGAGUACUGAAAAAUAUACGAUAUUGAAGAAAUCAGGACCAUAUUAUUCAUUCAAUAAUGAGUUUACUGACAAGGCACAACGGAUCAAAAUUCCAUUGGUUAAGGCAGCAAAGGAAGUUCAGAACAAGGAACAACUAGAGAUGGACACCAAGCAAAUAUCUCGAGAAAGGACUCAUGAAUAUAGAGCAAUCAUUGUAAAGACCAUGAAGGAAUUGAAAGAAAUUGCCCACAAUGAUCUUCUUACAAUCAUAGUUCCGAAAUUAGAACAAACAGGGCCCUUUCUCAUUGCAGAAUUGAAAACUAAUAUUGAGUUUUUGAUAGACAACGAAUUUGUUAAACGUAAAGAUGGGAACAUAUUGGUCUACAUUCCAUAA